UUAUGGCCCCCCUUUUUGCAUUGCAGUUCAAGCUUUGUUGUUUCCUUCUUCUGUCAACAAAGACCACCGAGUUUCUUUCUGAACAAGCCGCUAAGGCACAACCACAAAGCUACAUGAAAAGUUGCCUACAAAAAGAUGCACAAGUUACUUGGAAACAUGGAGGACCUGUUGGUAUGGAGUGUAAAGUGCUGGGCUCCAUUUUCAGCCUCCAUAAUGGAAAUAUUCAGUAUUAUAUCCUGAAACUCUCAGUCUCGGUUGUUUUUCUAUUUUUAUGUCUCGAGAUAUUCUUUUCAUAAUAAAUCUGUAUGACCUUAUCUUGGAAGGGGAAGAGAAAAAAAGAUCCUAUGUUUAAAACCACAGUACUGUGAAUUUUAGAGUACUAAAGUGAUAGUGUAUAGAUAGGAUUGUAAGGGAAAGGAGGUUUUUUGACGCAAACCCAUAAAAGAACUUGCCAUAAGUCCAAAUGGGUCGGAGUUGAUUCUGUAUGGAGAUGGAAAUUUUCUGUGAUAGUUCAUCCCAAAAUCAAAGAUCCUUUGGAUCUGCCUAUGUUUCCAGGGCAAUAUGGGAUUGGGAUCUCGUUAGAUCCAACAAUUAGUCGAGUUCCUUGGUGUGCUCUGUUUAUGGCUAUGUUUCAUUUUUUUUUUUUCUUUGCUGAAAAUAAUGAUUUAAAUUUAGUGGGAAUGGUUUUACAUAAGGACAAUCUUUAAUUGAUCAGAUCGUGGAGGCUUAGCUUUAUCAGAGGGAAAACCGGAAACUUCAAACUGAAACGACAGCCAUACACAGCCAAAAAUGAUUUUCGGUUUGACGAAUUAAAGGCUAUUGGACAUCACACCAAUCACCAUCAAGAUAUAAAGAUCACACACAUUAUUUUUAUUAUUGUUGUUAUUAGUGCAAUCAACAGUAGCUCUCCAGAUGCAACCAUAAAAACUAAACUUUGAGACGGAUUUAAGAAGACUGGCCCUGCUUCCCCUUUUGCAUCUGUCAUGGAGGAUAACUGGGAUUCGUCCACUAAGCCUGAGGGGCUAGAUUCAAGCCGUGAACCUUCUCUGCGUCUUCCAUGGAUGAUUAAUCCUCAGCUUUCAAGCUCAACAGAGCUUCGGAUUGAUGGGUUCCCUUCGUUUUCGACUCCAGUAGAAGGAAUUAUUGGAGAAGACAGAGCAGCUUCUGCUUCCAAGAGCCAUAGCCAAGCGGAAAAGAGACGUAGGGACAGGAUCAAUGCUCAGCUUGCAACCCUUCGGAAACUCAUUCCCAAAUCUGAUAAGAUGGAUAAGGCAGCUCUGUUGGGAAGCGCGAUCGAUCAAGUGAAAGAUCUGAAGCGAAAAGCAAUGGAAGCCAGCAAGAACAUGACAGUUCCAACGGACAUGGAUGAAGUAACAAUCGACUCCACCAUGGUUGAAGACCACAGCAGGAACAAUAUUGAGAUAAAGGUAUCAGUGAGCUGCGACGAUCGGCCAGAACUGUUCACAGAGCUCAUCCAAGUGAUCAAGGGGCUGAGGCUCACCACAAUAAGGGCUGAUAUGGCUAGUGUUGGUGGCCGCAUUAAAAGCAUACUUGUCCUUGGCAAUAAAGAUGGUGAAAAAAGUGUCUGCUUAAACACUGUUCAGCAGUCUCUUAAAUUGGUUUUAAGUCGAUUGUCAUCAUCCUCGAGUGCUUCGACCUAUCGUAUUAGAAGUAAACGACAGAGGUUCUUCCUCCCUUCUCAUUAUUCCAAGUGAUCUUUCUUCUUCUUCAAUAAUUUAAUUGUGAACAGCCCACAACGGCUCCAUUGAGCGACAGUGAUGCUACAAUACAAUCACUAUGGAUAGAGAAAAAGAUUUAAGAGUGUAAAAACCAGAGCUUCAUGAAGAAAGAUUAUGGAGAAUUGAAGCUGUUGCAGCAAAGCAACAACCGUCUCUCAUGUGAAAAGAGGGAGCUUUGCUGUUAGACUCAUAGUUGGAAAACAGAAAUAGAUUGGGAAAAAUCCAUAUGAACGUUCGUUCAACACAUCUCAUCGAGUUCAUUUUUUCUUGCAGCAAUGCAGAUAAGACUUCUUAAGAACGUAUCAGUAAAUAUCCACUUUGAUUGGUAAAGAAAAUGUUAGCUAAAAUGGUGCCUAUUGAA